GUUCAUUCUUCUUUCUCUCUCUCCAGUCCAUCUUGUCUUCUCCUUCCUCUCGUUGUCUAUUCUCUUAAAAUUAAUAAUGGCUUCUCUUCUUCGUCGCGGAUUCGCAACUGCUGCCAAAACCAACAAAGUCACCAUUGGAUUGAUUCCUGCAGAUGGUAUCGGUCGCGAAGUGAUCCCCGCUGCUCGCCAGGUCCUGGAGUCCUUACCCAAGAGCGAGUCAAGUCCCCAAUUUAACUUUAUUCAUCUGGAUGCAGGAUUUGAGCAUUUCCAAAAGCAUGGUGUUGCUCUCCCUGAAGAAACGAUUACUCGUCUGCGUGGAGAAUGUCAAGGUGCCCUUUUUGGAGCUGUCAGUUCACCAUCGCAUAAAGUUGCUGGAUACUCAUCCCCCAUUGUCGCUCUCAGAAAACAUCUUGAUCUAUAUGCCAAUGUCCGCCCUGUCGCAUCCGUUGCUGGUUCAGGACAGAAGCAAUUGGACAUGUUAAUUAUCAGAGAAAACACAGAGUGUUUAUAUAUCAAGCAAGAAAGAAUCGAGACCGAUGCUAAUGGCCAAAAAGUCGCCUAUGCAGAUCGUAAGAUUUCUGAAUACGCCUCCAGAAGAGCCGGUCAAAUGGCAUUCAAUAUGGCCCUUAUGCGCGACAAGUUGCGAUCACAAGUCCCAGCUUCGGAACGCCUCUGGCAAGGCAAACCCAAAGUCACUAUUGUCCACAAGUCUAAUGUUCUCAGCGUGACUGAUGGCCUCUGGCGUGAAACUGUCCGCAGCGUGAAGGAGAACAAUCCUCAGGCAUAUGGUGGAGUCGAUAUGGAUGAGCAAUUGGUCGACUCCAUGGUCUAUCGCAUGUUCCGUGAACCUGAAGCCUUUGAUGUUGUAGUGGCUCCCAAUCUCUACGGAGACAUCAUCUCAGAUGGCGCUGCUGCCUUGGUUGGGUCCCUUGGAUUGGUGCCCUCAGCAAAUGUGGGCGAUCACUUUGUGGUAGGCGAACCUGUGCAUGGAUCAGCACCCGAUAUCGCAGGACAACAGAAAGCAAACCCCGUUGCUGCGAUCCGUAGUGCUGGGUUGUUGUUAGAGCACAUGGGAUAUGCAGCAGAUGCUGCCAAGAUCUACCAAGCAGUCGAUGGUGUCCUAAGAGAAGGACAGAUCAAGACACCCGAUCUUGGAGGCAAGAGCACAACACAGGAGGUGACUGAUGCCAUCUGUAAACGUCUUUAG